UGCUUUGAGACAACAACGUCUGUUUUUUCAACUGUUGUGUGAGAACCAAUUAUCUUCAUUCACACACAUUCCUAGUUCGUUUCGUUUUGCUCACAAAAUUUGCUCCAUUAAGCUUACGAAGAUGAGCGCGAAAUUCAGAAAUCCAAAAACAGCGAGCUCUUGGGCGAAGUCACCGCUCGAUGUGACUGAUAUUCCUUCGGUGCGUGCGGUGUCCUGUGGAAACAAUACUGAAGUUUCCAUAUUUGUUGCAUGUGUGUUUAUUAUUGUUUUUAGGUCAGCAGGAGUAAGUAUCCUCAAAAUAUUACGCUCUUUGCGACCAGUAGUAAGAGUGCGUUUAGCUGUGUAAUUCCACUACUUUGCAGCUACACAAGCAAGACGCUAGUACUAGGUGGUGUAGCGUGUUUCCUCUUGGUGGCUGGUUGCGCACUCGCUGUGAUGAUCGGAGUCUUUAUGCAUGGCGGCGAAAAGGAUGAAGGCGACAAAGGAAGUGGAGGAGGAGCAGCAGGUGGUGCUGGUGGUGGUGAUGACUCGGGUGAAUCCCUGUAUUUCCCGACUAAUAACCCUGUCAGAACGUCGGAACUAACAACCACGUCUACUACAACGUCAAGUGAAGAAACAACUACAACCAGCACAACGACGACGACGACCACGUCGACCACGACAACCACAACGACCACGACAACCACGACGACCACGUCGACCACGACCACGACCACAUUUCGUCCGAUUACAGUUACCUUCGUCGGUGAUGCGAGUUACGGGACAUUCACUGAACCCCAGUUCAUCAGAUACGCUCAAAGCAUGCUCAAUUUGAUGAACGCAUUUUUCGCAUCGGUGAACGCAAGAAUUAAAACGAAGGUGCACAAGACAUUUGUGAUGACGAAGAAGCAGGAGAGAAAGUAUAUACCAUCGAUAUCGUGGAAGAUUGAGCCGACAGUUGACGAUGACCGCGUUAAAGGACUGUCAGGACUGAUUGACGAAAAUGCCGGCGUCAAGGAAGCGGACUUGGUAUUUGUGCUGACAAAAAAACUAAUACUUGGUACCAAGUACGUUAACCGUUACGGUGUGCUUCUCAAUUACUCUCAAAUGUGCGAAAGCGACAAGUUUGCUCUCUUCACUGACGACUCAGGGUCAUAUCAAGCAACCCUACGAAUGACAGACCUCUUCCUCCAAGUCCUAACACCGCCAAACACCUGCUCCGGCGAUCUUCACAAUGCAUGUGCCUACGGCCAACUGAGAGACACACACGACAAGAUCCUUGCAAUUUCCAAGUGUCACACAACGCCCGAAACAUUUGUGGCACCAACGUUCUCAGGAAUGGUUCGGAUGGACCUCGCAAAGUUAUGCUCCUCAAUGUACAACCUGCUCGUUGAGGAUCAAUUACAACUUACAAAUCAGUGCACAAUUGUUUGCAAUCUUGAAGAUGUAACAGUUCCAUUCCUUGGUAUCUGCCCAGCUGCCCAAGAAGGUUCAACACGCUGCUACGACAAAGAUGAUCAGAUAUGUUUCUUCCAUACCUGCGGUAUGAAAUACAGCGACGUGAAGGCUCUGGCACGCAAAUACUGGAAUAUGGAGGACUCCUAUUACAAAGACGACGAGAUCUGUGCAGCUCCAUAGACAUCAAGAAGAACGUCGGACGGACUUCCCUUUAGUGUUGAUGAACUUCAUUUUGAUCACGUACAGAAGAACAAUUGUUCACUAUCUUAGUCCCAUAAACGAUUUCAAUAGUGUC